GAGAGCGCACUCGAGCUCAACGAGCUGUUGGUCAUCCUGGUUCCCGUGGAAGUUUUGGUAAUAGCGGGCCGGAACGAAAGAAAAUAUGGAAGAGGAUGCAGUGGAUUACAAACCAUUUGGCUCAAGAGUGAAGAAACGUAAAAUCGAUUCUGAUUCUGAAGAUGAAUAUGAACCACCUUCUGUUAAGAGGCAAAAGAAAAUUAAAGUAAUUGUCCCAAAACCAGAAGCUUCUAAGAAACGUAAGAAAUGCCAAGCUGCCCCAAAAGGAAGAAAAUUAGAAACUUCGCCUGAAGGUACAACUAAGAAAGCAAGGACAGCUAAGAAAGGAAGAGUGGCCAGUUCUAAUCCUGAGCAGAUACAAAGUGGAGAAGCUUAUUCUGAGGAGUGGAGUGAAGCAGAGUUUGUAGCUCACGAACAGAAAAUUCAGUUGAGAAUAGCGCAGAACAUUAUACACCUGCUAGAUGAAGAGAACACCAUUCCAUUUAUUGCACGGUACAGGAAAGAACUAACAAGUGAUAUGUCUCCUGAAAAGCUACGAGAUGUUAAAGCUUCAUAUGAGAUGGCCAAAUCUGUGAAACAGAAGGCUUCUGUUGUGAGGAACACCAUUACAAAGCUGGGGAAGAUGACACCACUUUUGGAACGGAGUAUUCAGUAUGCUCGAAGCAUGAAUGAACUAGAACACAUAUGCAGUGGAGACUUAAUCGGCAGCAAACAUACUCUGGCUGAAAGAGCACGUCAGCUGGGACUUGAUGAAGCUGCCAAUGCAAUACUCGAUGGUUCAAGUUUUAUAAAUAUUGAGACACUUGUAGAUCCAAUGAAAAAGGGACUGGCUUCUAUUAAGGAUGUUGAAUUAGGCAUCCAGCAUAUCAUUGCAGAUAUCAUCAGCAAGGACAGAGAUGUCCUGGAUCUGCUUCACAAAUUGAAAGAAGAUGCAAACAUAUGGUUAACUACAAGCAAAUCACGGCCUGCGAAGGAGGCCAAAACAGACAAUAAAAAAGAUGUGAAGAAGGGGAGAGAUGGCAGAAAAGAUAACAAAGAUAAAGCUUUUGUAGAAAGCAAGUUUGAAACAUACUUUAAUUUUUCUGUGCCCAUCAAAUCUGUGAAACCUUACCAGGUACUUGCUGUGAAUCGGGGGGAGAGCCUUAAGGUGUUAUCUGUGAAGAUUAAUAUACCAGACUUAGUGCUGCAUGAUUUGGUGAAGUUUUGUGGCAGACAUUGGCUGUGCAGAGGAUUAUCAUAUUCAUUACGACGAAGGAUAAUAGACCAGAGUAUUGGAGAUUCGUAUACAAGGCUCAUCCAGCCACUAUUGGUGCGUCAGGUGAGGUCUGAAUUGACCCGGAAGGCUGAGCAUGCAGCAGUUGAAGUGUUUGCCACCAAUCUCAAGACACUGCUGCUUACACCUCCUCUUAGGGGCAACACUGUGCUAGGAAUUGACCCAGGUUUUCGAAAUGGUUGUAAGUUAGGCAUUACCUCACACACUGGCAGUUUACUGGCAACUGAUGUCAUUUAUCCACCAUUUGGCAGGCAGAUAAACCCUGAUUCAGAUUCCAGUGCGUGUAAACUUAAGGAGCUGCUUGUAAAAUACAAUUGCAAAUUGAUUGCUUUGGGUAAUGGUACAGCAUGUCGUGAAACAGAAGCAUACCUAAGUGAUCUGAUUAAGAAUGGUUGGUUUUAUCCUCUGGAUGUGCAGUUCACUAUUGUGAGUGAACAAGGAGCGAGUAUCUACUCUUGUAGUCCUGUAGCACAGAAGGAAUUUCCAGACACAGAUCCAAAUGUCAUCAGCGCAGUUUCCUUGGCACGAAGAUUGCAGGACCCUCUUGGUGAAUUAGUGAAAGUAGAGCCAAAGCAUUUGGGUGUGGGCAUGUACCAACAUGAUGUGCCUGAGAAGGAGCUGAGUUGUGCACUUGAUGAAGUUGUAGUAGAGUGUGUCAGCUUUGUGGGUGUCGAUGUAAAUAUAGCUUCUCAUUGCUUACUCAGGAGAGUAGCAGGCCUGAAUUCUUCAAGAGCUGAAAAGAUAAUUGAAUGGCGUUCGAACAAUGGGCCAUUCAUUAAUCGGCAGCAGUUGAAACAAGUGAAAGGCAUUGGACCAAAAACAUUUGAGCAGUGUGCUGGUUUCAUUAGAAUAAUUCCAGAGACAGCUCAGAAGAAGAAUACAAAUUCAGCUGAAAAUAGCAGUCAGCGUAAGAAACAGAAGUUGUCUAUUGAUGACACAGAAAAUCCUCUGGACAGAACAUGGAUUCAUCCUGAAUCCUAUUCUGUAGCAUUAAGGUUCAUUGCUAAAUGUGGUGCUAAGGUGGAGGAUUUGGGGAAACCAGACUUCGUCAGUAAGAUAAGCAUCACAGUAACAACAGCAGGUUUAAAAGAGUUAGCAGAAGAAUUUGAUGUGCCAGAAGCUCAGAUGAAACUUAUUACUGAAGGACUAAAAGUGACACCUGAACACGACUUGCGAUCAGAGUUCCAGAAGCCCCUUUUCCGCAGAAGUAUCUCAUCUCUAGAAGAUAUUCAUGCUGGAGCAGUACUCACUGGUCGUGUACGAAAUGUAACACACUUCGGUGCCUUUGUAGAUAUUGGAGUGGGCAUUGAUGGUCUGAUUCCACAAAGCCGACUUCGUAACACUAGGCUGCGACUUGGAGACAGAAUUGAAGUGAAGGUUUUUUCUCUUGAUAUUAUUCGUCGCAGGAUAUCCUUGGGUCUUCUGCGAGCUCUCUGACAUGUUUCAGUUUGUAAAUGUAACUCUCCUCACUUGUACAGUACAAGUCAAAAGAAAGAAACAACAAAGAAUACUGAGAAUAAAUCAGUGACAAGGUGAUCUGAAAACAGAAUUGCAUUUGCUUUUCAAAUUUGCAUUCUACAACUCCAUAGUAGGAAAGCCUGUUUGAUGUAGAAUAAGUCAUACAUUUUAAUAAUAAAUUGAUUAUCAGUUCUAAGUCUUGUUUUAUAGAUAACAAGAGGCAAAGAAUGCAAAAACUGUAACAUUAAUGACCAACUUAUAAAUCAGUUGUAUAAUUACACUGAAUACCUGAGCUGUUGGUAGUAGAAUGUGUAAGCUUUUGUACAACAACUAAGCAGCUGGUCAGCAGUUCUCAGUAAACACAAAAAUUAAUUAUAGACAAAUGAUUUACAAAUAUAUGAGUUCAUCAAAAAUAAAAAACUUAAGUACAGAGAAUGUAAAUGAGUAUGGAAAAUAUGUUAUAAAUUGAAUUUUAAAAACAAAUGUAAUAUUAAUAGUUAGCAACAGAUCAAUUGAAGAACAUUUUCUGAACACCAGGCCACAUAAUAAAAUACCAUAGGCAUCCAUAUAACAUCGCCUUGAGUAUGAGGGGUGAGCCAUAAAACUGGCCCUAGCACUGCGACCUUCAAUGGUCUAUUGUGCUUCCCCUUUGGA